AUGAACUCAGAUAAUAUGGAGAUUGAUAGUGUCGAAAUUGACACCUAUCCGAUGGACAUCGACGAACCACUGGGAGACGUUUCGAUGGACAACGAUGAAGCCCAGGGAGUUUUUUUCGAUGUACUCAAAAACUAUCCGAUGGACGUCGACGAAGAAUGGGGACAGGAUGUUUCGAUCGAUGAAGUCCAGAAAGAUACAAACUACGAUUCUAUGGACGUCGAUGAUAACGAAGGUGAAGACUUGAUGGAGGUUGAUCUGUAG